UCAGUGCGCAGCCGCGAGUUGUCACCGCUGUCGCUCUCCGCCUGUGUUCUCCUGAACCUCCAGCAUCCCUGCGCAGGCUCGUGUAGACGUGUGUGAGUGUGUGUGUGUGUGCGAGAGAGAGGCGAAAGCGUUGUCAGAGAAAAAUGUGAUGGUGGAAUAAGUUCUCGCUGCGAUCAGCUCGCGAUGCAGGAAGGGAGGCAUGGCAGAUUGGAUUUCGCGCUGCGCUUCUUUGGACCUUUUUGUUUUGAGAAAUAUCAUGCGGAAUAUUCCCAUCUGUAGGUGUUAACGCAGACAAUAUCAAGAUGAAGAAGCAGUUCAACCGAAUGCGACAGCUCGCCAACCAAACGGUGGGAAGGGCUGAGAAAACAGAAGUGCUGAGCGAGGACCUUUUGCAGGUGGAGAAGCGUCUGGAUCUGGUCAAACAAGUGACACACAGCACUCACAAGAAGCUGACGGCUUGCCUGCAGGGCCAGCAGGGGGCCGACGUGGAGAAGAGAUCCGUCAAGUCACCUUCGAAGAAACUACCGCUCGCCAUUUUAGCGCAAUGUAUGGUGGAGGGCGCCGCAGUGCUGGGGGACGACUCGCUCCUCGGGAAGAUGCUGAAGAUGUGUGGCGAGACGGAGGAGAAGCUGGCGCAGGAGCUGAUCCAGUUCGAGUUCCAGAUCGAGAGAGACGUGGUGGAGCCUCUAUAUUUACUGGCCGAGGUGGACAUCCCCAACAUCCAGAAGCAACGAAAGCACUUAGCCAAACUGGUACUGGACAUGGACUCCGCACGCACAAGAUUUCAUCAAGCCUCCAAGUCAUCAAGUCACCCAAGCACUCUGCAGCCGGGCGCGAAGUCCGAGUCCCUCAGAGAGGAGAUGGAAGAGGCUGCCACUCGCAUGGAGAUUUGCAGGGAUCAAUUGUCAGCAGACAUGUACAGUUUUGUGGCCAAAGAAAUAGACUAUGCAAAUUACUUCCAGACGAUGAUAGAGACACAGGCGGAGUAUCACAGGAAGUCUUUGGAGAUACUGCAAAGCAUCCUGCCGCAAAUUAAAGCUCAGCAAGAGGCGUGGGUGGAGAAACCGUCGUUUGGCAAGUCUCUGGAGGAACACCUGAACAUAAGUGGGAGAGAAAUCGCCUUCCCCAUCGAGGCGUGCGUCACCAUGCUGCUGGAAUGUGGCAUGCAGGAGGAGGGUCUCUUCAGAGUGGCUCCGUCGGCCUCCAAGCUGAAGAAGCUGAAAGCGUCGCUGGACUGUGGAGUUUUAGAUGUGCAGGAGUAUUCCUCUGACCCGCACGCCAUCGCAGGGGCUCUGAAGUCGUACCUCCGUGAGCUCCCGGAUCCGCUCAUGACCACUGAACUUUAUGAUGAAUGGAUCCAGGCUUCAAACAUUCAAGACAUGGACAAGCGGCUCCAGGCGCUAAUGGCUGCAUGCGAAAAACUCCCCACUGACAACUUGAAUAACUUCAGAUACCUGAUCAAAUUCCUAGCCAAGCUGACAGACUAUCAAGACUCGAACAAGAUGACUCCCGGAAACAUCGCUAUCGUCCUCGGCCCCAAUUUACUCUGGACACACACGGAGCCGAACAUGACGGAGAUGAUGACCACGCUGUCCUUACAGAUAGUCAGUGUCAUCGAGCCCAUCAUCCAGCACGCAGACUGGUUCUUCCCUGGAGACAUUGAAUUCAACUUGACCGGCAGCUACGGGAGCCCCAUCCACACCAACCACAACUCCAACUACAGCUCCAUGCCCUCCCCAGAUAUGGAGCAAGCGGAACGCAAGCAGCCGCACGACCAGAGCCGACGCCCACUCAGCGUUGCCACGGACAACAUGAUGCUGGAGUUUUACAAGAAGGAUGGCAUUAGGAAAAUCCAAAGCAUGGGAGUCAGAGUCAUGGAUACUAACUGGGUGUCACGUAAAGGCUCAUCCACACUGGCACGCAAGACUUCCUCAACGCCACCGGGAAGCUCCCCUGCAGACACUCUGAUCCCGGAGCAGCCGGGAGAGUUCGCCAUGUCCCCGUCGGCGACGCCACCGCUCGGAGAAAGGGUUUGCUCAGACAACGUCUCGCCCCAUCGGCCGGACACCUCUCAUGCCCACCCACCCCCCGGGGACGACCGCCCACCCCCUCCUUACCCUGCCACUGCCCACCACCAUUUCUAUCCCAAACCCCCUCCCUGUGCCCGCCCCGUGGCACCAGGUCCAGAGUCCCAGCCCCCUGCCUCUCCCCCGCCCCCACUACGUUGGUCUGGCUUUACUCCCCCUGCACCAAUACCGUCCUCCUCUUCCUCUUCCUCCUCUUCGUCACUUGACAUCAAUUCGAACCCCAAACCCAGCUGUCUGCACUUCCCUAAGCACAGUCCGCCCGGUGAACUGUCGCAUGCCGCGGCACCAGAUACUAACGCUUCACCGCUCUACGUCAAAACCCCUCUGGUACUAACCCGCCAUGACCAGUCCCUUGUCAAUCCACCUAGCAACCCUUCCUCAACGCCCAUUCCCCCGGCCCCACCGUGGGCAGCCUGCCCAUGUGCCAGAGAACGAGGACCCCCCAGGCUGACUAGUUCACUGAAGAGUAAAGAACUUUCUCCUGUCAUUGGACACAAAGCCAUUCAAGUGGCCAGUCCGACAGUCCCCCCAAACUGUAGUCCUCAGUGCAGCAGUCAGUCCCCCCACUCCACAGAGCACAGUCCACACACUCUUCGCAAAGGUUCCAAAAAGCUGGCACCGGUGCCCCCAAAGGUCCCUUAUGUCCAGUCUGGAGGGAUGUCCGACCAGUCGACAGGUCAGCCAUCACCAGUGAGCUUAUCUCCAACGCCUCCUAGUACCCCUUCUCCUUAUGGACUGGUGUGCCCCCCUGGACAAAUGCCUCCGCCAUCCCCUGGGCAGAGUUCUUUGGGGACACCUCACUCUCUUUCUUCCCCUCCCUCCCUGACUGGGACUCUUACCAAGUCGCGGCCAGCCACUAAACCGCGGCAGAGACCCAGCCUGCCCCCUCCACAGCCACCCCCUGCUCCCCCAGGGAUCACUGGUCAAGGCCCGCCCCCUGUUCCCCAACCCCUGGAGCAAGGUCUUCAGGAUGGACUGUCUCCAGGAGAGAGCAUGUCAACAGAUAUCUUCAACUAUGAAAUCCCCUCCAUCAAUGUAAAUCUGGACAGCCUCAUCGAUGAGUUCAGCGGUGCCCCCUGCAGGAGAACCCUGGCAGUGACAGACUCUCCAGAAAGGGAUGCUGUGCCUGAGGAGGAGCCCCAGAGCACGACUCUAUGACCUAAUGCACAAGUGACACCCCCUGUGGCUGCUCUGAACUGUCACCGCCAAAGUCUGAGGGACGCACCACAUGGCCUCACAGACACCCCACCGGAACUCCUGCUGCAAGCUGCAACAAAACCUCUCGCACCACUGCUCGCUAGCCCGUAAUGUGACUACAGAACACCAAAAUGCCAUACAGGAGGAACAGCUGCCUUUAGGAGGAAAGACUGGGAUAUCUAUCAGAUUUUAGCUUUGCUUUGAUCAUUGUUGCAGUGGUCUGUAUUUCUGUGCUUUGAUUUCUAUUUGCCUUAUUAGAUUUAAUUCAUUUGAACAAUGAUACAACUUUUUUUUUUUAAGGGAGAUGCCGAGAAGCUUGCAGGGUCUUCAUGCUAUGUGCACAUUUAAGGAGAGGCCUGGGGACAGGUUUGGUUAGCGGACGAACCCCCACCCUGUCACUAGUUUAACUCACUUUGUACCAGCACAAAAAGAAUGUCAUUGUAAACUACAACUUUUUUGAACCUCUCUGUCCUGAAGACAGCGACAUUUGCAUGAAAAACCGAACCAACCGCGUCGGUGGGAGGGGUCUCGGAGGGGGGCGGCGCUUUACUUGGCGUGAGUGUCUUCGUUGCCGUUGUCCGUGGAGAGUGGAUUUCGACCAAACUUGUGCUGUUGAUAAUAAUGAAUGGAUGACUACACUGCCUCGAGGUUUUUGUAUGCUCUCUAUUUCUCAACCUUGUCUAAGUGCUUCAGGUUCAAUGACCUCUGACCCCCCACCCAGUGUAAAGACAAAGACUGUACAUAGAUAAAUGUAUAUAAAUAUAAGAGGAGAUAUAUGUAAAAUGCAUAUUGACUAUAAAGAUAUAAUAAUAUAUGUGCUGAUAUUUAUUAUGUGAAGAAGAUGUUAUUUUUCCCUGCACACAUCAAGAUUCUCUGAUCAUGAGUGAAGUGAUGAUGUCCUCUCUCAGUGUUGGUUAGAUUUGAGAAAAUCGCUGGGCAAAAGUUAAGGACCACCCUCAAAAACAAUUUUAAGUUGUAGUUUUGUACGUUACUUUUCUCCUGUAUUGCACGAACAUUAAGGUUUACAGUAGUUUAGCAAUGCCUUACUCGUACUAGCAGUGUAUGGAGGUGUUCUGUUGGAACCUUCAUCUUGCAUUGUUCCACUGGAAAAUAUUGGGUUUGCUUUUAGCGCUGUUUUCUUCAAAUCCUCGCUCAAGUGGCAGCUAACACCGGCACAAUUCUUUCUCAACCUUUCAGUUCUCUCAUGUCUUUUGCGCUUCAAACUGUAUACUGCCGUUUGGGAUGCUUUUUUUUUUGACUGGUAUUGUUGUGUUUGCAGGUUACCGCUAACUUAAUGAAAAUUUUAGCCUGUUAUAAAAUGAACUGUUCCAAACAUAUUCCAAUAAAUGGGUUGAGGGUGGUGCAUUGGUUUUUAGCACCUGAAAUUAUACUUAUUUUCAUGAUACCACACAAACUAAAUUUCUCUGUCGCCACUACAGGAAUUAGAUUUAAGUGCAAUUAGUUUGACCUCACGUUCAUCUAAGUCGUGUGUCUGCUUCGGUGUGUCCUCAGUGGGUUGGUGUAUGAUGAUUUUGGUAAAUAUAUUGAUGGUUGUGGUGAUUCUAUUUUAAGUGCCCUCACUAUUGUUUCUCUUUAUCAUGUAAUGAAAGCUUUUUUGCCCCCCCCCCCUGCUGGAUCCAGAGGAGGUCGGGUCGUGACGGAAUGUGACAGUGAAAUCUACCUGAUCUUUGUUACGCUCUGAGAUUGUGGAGUGGAGGUUUGCUUGCAUGACAGAAACACAGCAGUAUUACAGCGAGGAUUGCUGGAAGUUACAGCCACAUAAAGUAUUUAUUUUACUAUCUCAGAUCACUCGCCACCAAUUGUCUUGCGACGGCUUGUUUACAUUCUGUGUGGGUGGGAGGUGUUUUUGAAGGGGGGGAAAAAACUUGCAUGCGACUAGAUAGUCUUUUGAAAAAAAACAUGUUUUGUGUCAAUCAUCUUUUUAAGGGUUGUGAAGGUGUCACUGGAGCAAAUAAUGGGGCUGACUCUGGAGAAUGUGGAUCGUGGCCAAUGGUCCUUUGAGCAAUACAGUAGAGGAGUGGAGGUGCUGCCUCAAACACCACUAGACGUUCCAACUGAAAAAUGCCGCUCACCCCCCGCCCCCACCGCUCCCCCUCUACCCCUCUUCUGCUUAGCAUAUCAAGUGGAACACAGUGUGUACUGUGAAGCCGAACCUGCUAUCCUUAUCAGAAUGUCAGAAAAUAUACAAAUAUAUAUAUUAAACUAUA